UAUACCUACAACUUGAAUAUUUUCAUACAUCUUAAGGAGCUUCAAAAGAAUUUCAAACUUUACAAAGAGAGAUGGCUUUGAUGAGAAGUCUACUGGGUGCAAAGAAGAUUCUUGGUCGUUCCAUAACAGCAGAAGCUUCUACGAGCAAGAGGGCAGCGUCGGCAGCACCAAAAGGGUUUCUUGCGGUGUACGUAGGAGAGAAUCAGAAGAAGAGAUAUGUGGUGCCAAUGUCAUACUUGAACCAACUUUCCUUUCAAGCUCUUCUCAGUAAAUCCGAGGAUGAGUUUGGCUUCGACCAUCCAAUGGGUGGUUUAACGAUUCCUUGUCCUGAAGAUACUUUUAUCGCUGUGACGUCUCGGAUCCGAUGAUGAUUAAUUGUUAUCCACCUUUUUUUGUUGGAGUUAGAAAUAGAUAUAUUCAUUGUAAAUAUAUAUGACCUUUUUCUCUCUUUAUUCUCGAAGGAGUUGUUCUACAAAUUUAGAGAAUGAAUGUCAUUUUUACACAAUAGACACGAUAAUGUCAG